AUGGAAUACCCACGCCCACCCCAAAGCGACUCGUGGUUCGCGCCGCUCUCCCUCGACCUCCUCGUCAAGGUCUUCAAAAUCACCUUCUUUCACCCCUUCGUCUCGUGGAUCAUCCCCCUCUGCUUCCGCGCCCAAGCCCUCCGCUGGGAUGCCCCGCCCAUGCUCGUGUCCAUCGCCUGGGCAUGCUUCAUCACCGUCUGCUGGAUCGCGCAAGCGGUCAACCUGCGCAUCGCCUACGGCCUGCCGCGCGAGGUCGAUCUCACCGAGGAGGUAAUCGUCAUCACGGGUGGCGCCAGCGGCCUGGGUCUCCUCAUUGCCGAGGUGUACGGCAUGCGCGGCGCGACCGUGGCGGUGUUGGACGUAAAUGACAUGGAGAACGGCGAAGCGCGGGGCGUGACCUUCUACAAGUGCGAUGUGACAGACAAGGCGCAAGUUGCGAGGGUUGCGGCGCAGAUUGAGAGAGAUCUCGGCACCCCAACCGUCCUUAUCAACAACGCCGCCAUCGUUAAGGGCAAGUCCCUCCUCGACCUCGAGUUCGAGGAGAUUGAAAAGUCCAUCACCACGAACCUGACCGCACACUUCUACACCCUAAAGACCUUCCUCCCGCCCAUGAUCCGCGGCGGCAACGGCGGCACCAUCGUCACAAUGUCCUCGGUCCUCGGCCACCUCGGCGCCGCCUCCCUGACAGACUACGCCGCCGCCAAGGCCGGCGUCACGGCCCUGCACAAGUCACUGACCGCCGAGCUCGCCGCCUCCCACCCGGAGAUCCGCACCAUCCUCGUCGAGCCGGGCCAGCUGUCGACCCCCCUCUUCUACGGCGUGCAGACCCCGCACGCCUUUGUCGCGCCCGUCGUCGAGCCCGUCGACGUCUGCAAGGAGGUCAUUGCCGCCAUCGACGCCGGCAAGAGCGCGCACGUCGCGAUGCCGCUGUACGCGAGGUGGAUUCACUGGUACAACGUACUCCCCGUCGCCGUCCAGCAGAUUGCGAGAAAGGUUGCGCGUGUGGAUACUUCCAUGCAGACGUUUAUCGGCAGGCAAGAGCGGGGGAUGAGCGAGAAGAACGGGAGUCUGAUCUAG